CUUCCUGCCAAAUAGUGGUCCCUAACAACAGACAAAGCGGUGUGGAAUCAAUACGAAGCCAUUCAACUAAAAAAUAAAACACAUUACCCCAAUGGUGGACUCCCAAUCAAGUUGUAGAAACAUCUCAAGGAUGAUCAAUGGAAACAGGAUGCGCCUGAGCUCAAUUUCGAGUCUCAUAGGUUCUGAAUACUUAUGUAAAUAAGCAGUGUACAGACAGCCUCCCCAAGAAGUAGAGAGACAUGUCAGGAGGAAGUGGCUCAGCGGACAUGGACGACUCGCAGGACCUGCCUGAAUUGCCGACCAAGAAGGCCAGACAUGAGCUGGAUGUUGGACUGGACCAAGAGCCAAGGGGACUACGUGAUGACCAGAUCCCUCCUACUCUCUUGGGCUCAGGAGAUCAGGACAAUUCAUACUCUACGUUGUCUAAUGCCCAGCUUGAUGGAGCGGUGGCCAGCAGAGCGCUCACCACAACAGCCUCUGAAUAUAACUCCCACAUCUACCAAGGAAGCAGACCAGCAGUCACAUCCUACGCCACCAGCCAGGGUGCAUUUCCUCCUCUGGCCCAGGCCACAGUCUACACCGCCUUCCCCCAGGCAGAACAGACCCAGGCCACAGUCUACACCGCCUUCCCCCAGGCAGAACAGACCCAGGCCACAGUCUACACUGCCUUCCCCCAAGCAGGACAAACCUACGGCCUCCCACCAUUUGGUGCUAUGUGGCCAGGUAUUAAGUCAGAGACGGGGCUGCCUGAUGCAGCACCCUCUGUUGGCCAGCCUGGGUUCCUCAGCUUCAGAUCAGCAUAUACCUCAACCCAGCCAGACCCAGGCCAUGUGCACUGCUCAUACCCCAGCCAAGGCUCCAGUUUCACUACAUCCAGUGUGUACACUAACAUCCCUACUGCUUCCGCAGCUACAGAGGCUCACCAGGAGUUCAGCAGCUAUAACGUCAACUCUCUGGGCCAGACCCAGUUCCCUCAGUACUACGCCCCGCCCCUUAGCUACGUCCCCGCCGGGCUGCCCAAUAGCGAAGAGAAUGGAUCCAGUAUGGGUGUGGCCGGGUAUCCAGCUAUAAAGACGGAGGGCAGUGCCAUGGCUGGACUGCCCAGCACUACAGAUGCAUGCCCGCGUGAGAACCUCCCGACCGGGGUAGCCCUGCCUACAGGUGUGGCCCUCCCCAUGGGGGCCCUGGACCAGGAGGAGGCGGGGAGGAGGAACCCUGCUGGGAAGGCCAAGGGGAAGGCCAAGAAAUCAGACAGCAACCAGCCUACUGACGCUGACCUGGAGCGAAUCUUUCUGUGGGAUCUGGAUGAAACUAUCAUCAUUUUCCACUCUCUGCUCACUGGGUCCUUCUCUCAGAAGUUUGGCAAGGACUCCGACACGGUGCUGAACCUGGGCCUUCAGAUGGAGGAGCUGAUCUUUGAGCUGGCAGACACACACCUCUUCUUCAAUGACCUGGAGGAGUGUGAUCAGGUCCAUGUUGAAGACGUAGCCUCUGAUGACAACGGACAGGAUCUGAGCGCCUACAACUUCCUGGCGGAUGGUUUCCACGGCCCCAGUGGUGGAGGUGCCACCACAGGAGUCCAGGGCGGGGUGGAGUGGAUGAGGAAACUGGCCUUCCGUUAUCGUCGCCUGAGGGAGAUCUACAACGGAUACAAAGGGAACGUGGGAGGCCUGCUGAGUCCCAUGAAGAGGGAGCUGCUCCUCCGGCUCCAGUCUGAGAUGGAGAAUAUGACGGACGCCUGGCUCAGCACAGCACUCAAAUCCUUGCUGCUUAUCCAGUCCAGGUCAGCACAGGGUAAGUGUAUGAAUGUCCUGGUGACGACCACCCAGCUGGUGCCUGCUCUGGCCAAGGUGCUGCUCUAUGGCCUUGGGGACGUCUUUCCCAUAGAGAACAUCUACAGCGCUACCAAGAUAGGGAAAGAAAGCUGUUUUGAGCGCAUCGUCUCUCGCUUUGGGAAGAAUGUGACCUACGUGGUGAUUGGAGACGGCCGUGAUGAGGAAUUCGCAGCAAAACAGCACAACAUGCCUUUCUGGCGUAUCACUACCCACGGGGACCUGGUAUCCCUCCAUCAAGCCCUGGAACUAGACUUCCUCUAGAGCGGAAGGAAUGGAGGUUAGACACAAAGGCAAACUUGGUCAGUCCACCCCCCCCCCACCCCCUUCUGUUCGCUUGUGGAGUGACAUUAUUAUGUCCUCAGCUCCACACCAGCCCUCAAACACACACACCCUUCACACACCUGAUGGCUCUAGUGUGUCGCUCUUUUCCCCGUGUGAUGGCCGUGGACUGAUCUGAGGUGGACUUUGGGAUGGCAGUGGCUGGGAAGUAGACUGGACAGUCAGACCUACUCUCUGAUGUAAGAGCUCCUGCCCAGCAACACUCUCCAUAUGGCAGCUAUCCUCUCUAAAGACUGAGCCUGAUCACUAGGGCAUAGCAGCAGCGACCGACAGACACCGUCAGGCAGGACAUGACUAAAGUUAAGAAGACCAUUCCAUAUCUCUCCGAAGUGUCUGUAGUCUCUGGCUCCACAACCCACAGGCUGUUUUCCUCUGUUCUCUCUCUGGGUUGCAUCCCAAAUGGCACCCUAUUCCCUAUGUAGUGCACUACGUUUGAUAGGGCCUAAGUGCUCUCAUCAAAAAUGGUGCACUACAUAGGGAAAAGGUUGCCAUUUGGGAUGUGGCCUCGUGUUAGUGGAUCGACUAAAGCAAAGGUCUGCAGCCCUGUCUGGCAUCCCGGACGGACACUUCUGGUUGUUUAGAGCUUACACUUUUCCUAUUUCUCUUUCUGUAGGGUAGCUAUUCGUGAAAGGAUUAUGUCACUUCGAAUGUUUUAUCAUUUGUAUUUUUGAAAGGUUGUUUUGCACUCAUUCCAAAUGACUGAGGUAUCAUUGAUGAGGGUUGGUAAUCAUUUGAGUCUUUUCAAAGCAUAUGAUAAGAUGGCUACUUAGGAAUGACCUUCAAUUGACCUUCUGGAUGUAACCUUUCCACUAGUUCACUAACAGUACUGACGUGUUCUCCAUAGAGACCUCCGCUGUCCUGACCUCUCCACUGUGUCACAGACUUCAACAGCCUCAUCGACUUCUGUGGUCUUUUUACAUAACAAACUGAUGUGUGGUCAGAAGGACUCAAUGAAGACCCUAACUAACCUGUAUUCCACUGCAUGGUAUCAAGGACGCCAGGUUACUAUGUAGUUAAUCAUGAGAACAGCCACACCAGGCCUUUCUGUGAGAACAGCCACACCAGGCCUUUCUGUGAGAACAGCCACACCAGGCCUUUCUGUGAGAACAGCCACACCAGGCCUUUCUGUGAGAACAGCCACACCAGGCCUUUCUGUGAGAACAGCCACACCAGGCCUUUCUGUGGGAACAGCCACACCAGGCCUUUCUGUGGGAACAGCCACACCAGGCCUUUCUGUGGGAACAGCCACACCAGGCCUUUCUGUGGGAACAGCCACACCAGGCCUUUCUGUGGGAACAGCCACACCAGGCCUUUCUGUGGGAACAGCCACACCAGGCCUUUCUGUGGGAACAGCCACACCAGGCCUUUCUGUGGGAACAGCCACACCAGGCCUUUCUGUGGGAACAGCCACACCAGGCCUUUCUGUGGGAACAGCCACACCAGGCCUUUCUGUGGGAACAGCCACACCAGGCCUUCAAAACAAUGUGCAUCUUCUUCAGCGUGACGCUGAUGUGUACGUGUCUACAUAACCUGUUGAAGAAACCUCCCCGUGGGGUAACUGUUCCUCGGAGCACAGCCCUACUCAUCUUUGAAUUCCUGCAAAGAGACUUAACUUGACAAUGAGUAUUUUUAAAAGCAGUUGGCUGGAAGGGAUGGCAAAUCACACAAUGCAAUCACAUAUUAUAUUGUUAUUGUUCAAUAGUGGAAAUCGUUAGACCGAGAAGUCACAGGAGGUUUGUCUGGCCAAAGUGGUCUAGAUUUCCUCACAACAUGACAGAUCAUUUGCAUCACAAAGAUCAAGUGUUGUCAUCGAUUAAAUGGAAUUGUUUCUAUGUCUCUGUUGUAGAAUCAAUCUCUAGUUGAUUUUCUUCCAUUUUGAAUCGUGAGGGUCACACACAACCCCAUUAUUUCAUAGUGGUGGUUACCAUAGUGGCGGUGUAUUGGGAAAUCACCUCUAAAGGUGCUAUUGAUUGUACGGGACCGGCUGCCCAAAAAACAUAGGCCUUCUGCCACUGUGUGCAGUGUAGUCAGUCUACCCUUGUCAUUAUACAUAUUGGGGAAAACACCAGGAAUGAUUGUUAAAUACAUUUCUGCUUUGGGGGGGGGGGGUGUAUGCCUGUUAACUAGCCUGUAUUUGCAGCAUGUAGCUGGUUGAGAGGUGGUUAGAGGUUUGAUAUUAUGAAUCCCUGGUCCAUGUGAGAUUACGACUGAACAAUACUGAGCCCGAUGAUGACGAUCAUUUUUUGAUACUUACGGCUUGACCAGUAAGAAUGUUUUCCUUGUAUAUUUCUGUGUGUGUCUGUAUAUAUGCAUACUGUGCCCUUUUUCAACCCUCUAUAUUAUAUACACAUGCGUCAUCUCUACAGGAAAUACUUCAGAUGUGUUAAACACAUGAUCAAACAUGGUUGUUACACAUUUUAGUUGGAGUGUUUUUUAUUUUACUAUACCUACUUUUUCUACACAGUCAUUAAUCUGCUGAAUCUUUAUUUUUAACCGUCAGCAACACGGAAAUGGUUACUGUGUGAUUUUUUUUCUCUCUCCUUUUUACAGUUUAAGUUUUUUUUUCUUUUCUCGUUUUGAUUGCGCUGCCGAUUUUACAUAAAUGUUACAGCUGAAAUGCUCUGUUCUCAAGACGAGUCACACCCUUGUCCACGAAGUCAGAGCAUCCUUUUCCAUGUUGAAACCUGCUUUCUUUUAGUUUAUUUGACUUUUUUUUUUUUUUUGACAUUGUCUAAGCAGUGAAAGCAAAACACAAUCACAUCUCAAAUCACAUGGUACUUUGAGUGGUGUCCAGAUCCACCAUUCACCUGGUGAAACAUAUAACGUAGUCUGUAACAGUACCACUAAGGGAGAUGAGAGAAAUAGUAAGCAUUGUGAAAUGAUGAAUUAGAUUCUUUGGAAUGGAAGGGGUAUUCUGGACAUGGAAUUUUGUGAAGUUGACAAGACAGACCAGUGUCUUUACUUGGCUGACUUCAUAUUACGAUCUGUUUCUACAAGUUGUUUUUUUCCCCUCCAGAGAUGUGAAUAUAAGAUCAGACAAGCCUGAUCCACAUCUUCAAUAUCUAACAUCAUGGAAAUCAAUCAACCCUCAACCAAAAACAUUUAUACUGUUAUUGCUGAUUGUCAUUGUUGUGCAGAUCACAUCUCUAGUGUUGCUUGUCACCUUGUGGUUGGAAUCAUUUAGUUAUUUUUGUAGUCAGAUGUUUACAGUUUUUCUAUCAGUGAUGGUUUCUGUUUUUUUUUUUUUUUAAGUACUCUGUUGCUAACAAGAAGUGUGAUUCUGUACUUUUUGUUUACUUAGUCAGGGGGACUGUUUUAAUGUAUCCCUUCGAUGUGUGUUAAAAGGCCAAGAACUAUGUAUCAUUUAUAUUCUCUAACCAACCUUUUUGUUGAAGUGCAUUUUGACCCGUCUGUGUUGGCUGUCUUAGAUUUAUUUUUAUUUUUUUACUAUUUCAACUGUCGAAUGCAAUGAGCUAUGAUGUUACAUAGGUUUGUAGGGAUACCUCUGGCUCAACUUGAUCAUGCUUUGUAGGGAUACCUCUGGCUCAACUUGAUCAUGCUUUGUAGGGAUACCUCUGGCUCAACUUGAUCAUGCUUUGUAGGGAUACCUCUGGCUCAACUUGAUCAUGCUUUGUAGGGAUACCUCUGGCUCAACUUGAUCAUGCUUUGUAGGGAUACCUCUGGCUCAACUUGAUCAUGCUUUGUAGGGAUACCUCUGGCUCAACUUGAUCAUGCUUUGUAGGGAUACCUCUGGCUCAACUUGAUCAUGCUUUGUAGGGAUACCUCUGGCUCAACUUGAUCAUGCUUUGUAGGGAUACCUCUGGCUCAACUUGAUCAUGCUUUGUAGGGAUACCUCUGGCUCAACUUGAUCAUGCUUUGUAGGGAUACCUCUGGCUCAACUUGAUCAUGCUUUGUAGGGAUACCUCUGGCUCAACUUGAUCAUGCUUUGUAGGGAUACCUCUGGCUCAACUUGAUCAUGCUUUGUAGGGAUACCUCUGGCUCAACUUGAUCAUGCUUUGUAGGGAUACCUCUGGCUCUACUCAAGAUGAUGAAACAUACUUGUAUAUAUAGUGUAUGUCGACUCCCCUUCAAAUGAGUGGAUUUGGCUAUUUCAGCCACACCCGUUGCUGACCGGUGUAUAAAAUCGAGCACACAGCCAUGCGAUCUCCAUAGACAAACAUUGGCAGUAGAAUGGCCUUACUGAAGAAUUCAGUGAUUUUUCAACGUGGCACCGUCAUAGGAUGCCACCUUUCCAACACGUCAGUUUGUCAAAUUUCUGCCCUGCUAGAGCUGCACCGGUCAACUGUAAGUGCUGUUAUUGUGGAAGUGGAAACGUCUAGGAGCAACAACGGCUCAGCCGGUCACAGAACAGGACCGCUGUGCUGAAGCAUGUAGCGAGUAAAAAUCGUCUGUCCUUGGUUGUAAUACCCAUUUCCAAGUUCCAAACUGCCUCUGGAAGCAAUGUCAGUACAAUAACUGUUUGUCGGGAGCUUCAUGAGAGUUUACCAUGGCCGCACACAAGCCUAAGAUCACCAUGCGCAAUGCCAAGCGUCGUCUAGAGUGGUGUGAAGCUCGCUGCCAUUGGCUUCUGGAGCAACCUCCAGAGUGAAUCACACUUCACCAUCUGGCAGUACAACAGACGAAUCUGGGUAUGGUGGAUGCCAGGAGAACGCUACCUGCCCGAAUGAUUAGUGCCAACUGUAAAGUUGUGGGGGAAGAAUAAUGGGGCUGUUUUUCAUGGUUCGGGCCCCUUAGUUCCGGUGAAGGGAAAUCUUAACGCUACAGCAUACAAUGACAUUCUAGAUGAUUCUGUGCUUUUGAACUUUGUGGCAACAGUUUUUGAGGAAGGCCCUUUCCUGUUUCAGCAUGACAAGGUCCAUACAGAAAUGGUUUGUCGAGAUCGGUGUGGCAGAAUUUGACUGCCUUGCACAGAGCCCUGACCUCAACCCCAUCGAACACCUUUGGGAUGAAUUGAAACGUCGACUGCGAGCCAGGCCUAAUCUUCAGUGUCCAACCUCACUAAUGCUUGUGGCUGAAUGGAAGCAAGUCCCCGCAGCAAUGUUCCAACAUCAGGUGGAAAGCCUUCCCAGAAGAGUGGAGGUUGUUCUGGCAGCAAAGGGGGGACCAACUCCAUUUUAAUCAUGAUUUUGGAAUGAGUUGUUCGACGAGCAGGAGGUCCACAUACUUUUGGUCAUAUAGUGUAUAACUGACUCGUGUUUUCCCACCCCACUUUUUUUUGUAUGGGACCGGAACACUGUUGAAGGCCCAAUUUAAGGUUGUCCUGUGUACAUUAAGAACACUGAUGGUAGUGUAAAUACAAAUAAAAGUACUUUGAAGGUG